UCCGUUCGACUCUGAUUUUCGCAAGAUUAAGUUUGCACGCAGACAGCUGGCAGGCAGAAACGCAAUUGCUGUCGACAGCAAGUGCUUGAGUUCCCGAAUCUCUACUUUAGCCAUGAGCGCUCACUUUACACUUCGCGUAUAAUAGUAAUACGUACUUUUGCUUAACUUAACUGACUUGACAACUUGACUGUACUACAACUGCAAAAACCAGACUUGACUAAAUAGUGUUGUAAAUGACGCAAUGUCAGUGUAUUCUAUAGUCUUUCAAUGUACUUUUGUGAUUCUUAUUAUAGAAAAAUAUUUUACUCCAGAAGCUGUUUAAACAAAAUAUAGAAAAUCUGGUAUACUUUCACAGCUAUAGUUAUGCCAACAUUAGCAACAAUAUUGUAUAAAAGACAUUUUGGAUUCAAAUUUUGGAGAGCACGUAUGCCUAUAGAGUGUAUUGUUUAAAGUAGCAUAUAAAAUAAUCAAUAGAUUUUCUGAGUAAUUGUAUGUAAAUUUACCUCAUAUAAUAUCACUUAAAAUGUCUCUGUCAACAACAACUUUUCUACCAAUGGCACAAACUUCAGAGAAAGAGAUAUCAAAAUUAAAUAUUGAUUACUCUAGUAUUCGUUCUAAGGAUGUGUUGGUUAGUCCAUCAGAAGAUCAAUAUGAGCUUUUAUUAAAAAAAAUAAAGGAACGUAUUCGAGAUGGAGGCAGUGAAACUAUUUUUGACAUUGGAAUUAGUGAAGAUGGCUCAGAAGAUGGUUUAAGAGAAGAUGAAUACGAGGCAUCUGUUGCAACACUGCAAUCUCUUGCUACAACUUUAGAGGCAGACUGUGUUUUAUUACGACAAACUAAAACAGAUCAUAAAUUGACCGGUCAAUAUUUGGUUCGUAAACGUCUUGACCAACAGGAUUUUUUGGAGAUUCGAGUUGCUGUAGUUGGAAAUGUUGAUGCAGGAAAAUCAACAUUACUUGGUGUUUUGACACAUGGAGACCUGGAUAAUGGACGAGGGUUAGCACGCCAAAAGUUAUUUCGUCAUAAGCAUGAAGCAGAAACAGGAAGAACAAGUUCUGUUGGAAAUGAUAUUCUUGGUUUUGAUAGCAUUGGUAAUGUUGUCAAUAAACCAGAACAUGGUUCUUUAGACUGGGUAAAAAUUUGUGAAAAAUCUUCCAAAGUAAUUACAUUCAUAGACUUGGCUGGUCAUGAACGAUAUUUGAAAACCACUGUAUUUGGGAUGACAGGCCAUGCUCCAGAUUUUGGAAUGCUGAUGGUGGGUGCAAAUGCAGGUAUUGUGGGAAUGACCAAAGAGCAUCUAGGAUUGGCUCUAGCUUUAUCAGUUCCAGUUUUUGUAGUUGUUACUAAAAUUGACAUGUGUCCACCAAACGUUCUACAAGAAAAUUUGAGACUCUUAAUUCGAAUUUUGAAAUCACCAGGAUGUAGGAAAGUUCCAGUCACUGUAAAAACUCCAGAUGAUGUUGUUGUUAGUGCAACUAAUUUUGUUUCAGAAAGCAGGUUAUGUCCAAUAUUUCAAGUGUCUAACGUUAGUGGAGAAAAUUUAGAUCUCUUGAAAAUGUUUUUAAAUUUAUUGACUGCAAGAAUAACUAGUCACGAUAGUGAACCAGCAGAGUUCCAAAUAGAUGAUACAUACUCUGUUCCUGGAGUAGGAACAGUAGUCUCUGGAACAACUCUCAAAGGUGUAAUACGUCUUAAUGAUGUACUUCUUCUGGGACCAGAUCCUCUUGGUCAUUUUCAACAAAUAGCGAUUAAAAGUAUUCAUAGAAAAAGGAUGCCUGUACGAGAAGUGCGCGGGGGUCAAACCGCUAGUUUUGCUUUGAAGAAGAUCAAACGAUCUCAAAUUAGGAAAGGUAUGGUGAUGGUAUCACCAGCUCUCAAUCCUCAAGCUUGUUGGGAAUUUGAAGGAGAAAUCUUGGUGCUUCAUCAUCCAACUACAAUUAGUUCUCGCUACCAAGCUAUGGUUCACUGUGGCAGUAUUCGUCAAACAGCAUCAAUUUUGUCAAUGUCUCAGGAUUGCUUAAGAACAGGCGAUAAAGCUUUAGUACAUUUUCGAUUUAUUAAGCAUCCAGAAUAUAUAAAACCAGGACAGCGAAUGGUUUUUAGAGAAGGUCGUACUAAAGCUGUAGGUAAUGUUUUACGUCUUAUCUCACAUUCAACACCAGGCAGUGCACUGAAUUCAAGAACAAGCAAACCAAAUAAAAGUGUUGCACAGAAUCGUCAAACUAUAACUACACAGACGCCUGAUAACACUGACUUGAGUAGUUCAGAUGUUCAAAAUAUCAAACGUGAAAAUAUAUUGGUAAGACCAAACAUAAAUUCUGCAAAGAAAGGACGAGGAAGAAAAGCUGGGAAAGUUCAAAGUUCUGCGAGUAAUACUGUGCAACCGCUCUCAGAGCAAAAUCCUCCUACAAAUGUUUAAAAAACUUCAUUUUCUUUAUAUGCUCCUGCUUUUAAAGCGUUCAUCUUAGUCCAAAAAAUCAAUUAAAAUACAUUUUAUACUUGAUUAGUGAUACAUGGCUUUUUAUGUAUUUUAUAAUUGAUUUUUGUUUUCAACUCAAAAUGUCACUAAUUAAAAAAAAUUAACAAAUGUGAUCAUAUUUAUAAAAUCAGUAAUUUGAGAAGUCAUUACCUCUUGUGAUUAAAGAAAAAUGUCGGAAGAAAUAAUAGUCUUGUAUUUUUUUCAAAGUCUUACAGAAUUUGAUUUUGAUAUACUGAUAAAUAAAAUAAAUUAAUAUAUGACUGAAAACAUUGUAUUACUAUAUUA